AUCUGAAUCACAGGACGUCCCACGUAAAACUAAUCCCGUGAGAACGUCAAUCAGAAUUCAGCUGAGGUUGACGCAUGCUCAGUUCAGCGCUAGCAAAAAUCAGACCGGUGAGACUGCGCGCUGGUUCACCUGAAUUUGGACCUCUUAAAAGUUUUCAACCAAGGGACUUGAGAAAUGGGAAGAGAGAAGGACGCUAAAGGAGACGCGAAGGCCAAGCACAAAGCGACCAAACUGAAAAAGCUGAGCGACUGUGAAAGCGCAGGUGCCGGGGGAGAUAGCAUCACGAACGGCACAAAGCUGACUAAAUCCAGAGAAAGGACUGAAAAUGGAAAAUCUCAUAAGAAGGUCAAGUCACCAAAGACGGAGACCCCGCAGUCGACCAGCAGUACCAGCGAUCCUGUGAAAAAGCAGCCACAGGAUGAGGACUUCACUGAAAAGAAGAAAGGGAUGAAACGGAAAAGAAUCAAAGAUGAGCCCGUGGAAGGCUCUUCUCAUUCCACCGCUUCACCUGCUGUAAAGAGAAAACACAAGCAACACGGCCACGAAGAAGAAAGUGAUGGAGAAGUUGAGAAAAAGAAGUCAAAGAAGAGAACAGAAAAGGCGGUUAAGAAAGAAGACGGCGAGCAUCCAGUCUCGAAAAAAACGAAGAAGACAAAGGAGGAGAUUGAGGAGGCAAGACUGCUGAAGAUCAAAAAGAAGGAGGAAGAGGAGCAGAAUCGCUGGAGAUGGUGGGAGGAAGAGAAGUAUGAAAAUGGGGUGAAAUGGAAGUUCUUGGAACACAAUGGACCCUACUUCCCCCCUGAGUACCAGCCUCUACCUGACAAUGUUCACUUCUAUUAUAAUGGUAAAAAGGUGAAGCUGAGCUUGGCAGCAGAAGAGGUGGCGCUGUUUUUUGCCCAGAUGUUGGACCAUGAAUACACCACGAAGACGGUGUUUCGGGAGAACUUCUUUAAGGACUGGAGGAAGGAAAUGAACCAGGAGGAGAGGAUGCUGAUCAAAAAUCUUGACAAGUGUGACUUCGGAGAAAUGCACGCCAUGCAUAAAGCCAAGGUGGAGGCCCGGAAAAACCUCACCAAGGAGGAGAAACUGGCUAUGAAAGAGGCCAACCAGAAGAUAGUGGAUGAAUACGGCUACUGUCUGCUGGACCACCACAAAGAACGCAUUGGGAACUUCAAGAUUGAGCCUCCGGGGCUGUUCCGAGGUAGAGGGGAGCAUCCCAAACAAGGCAUGCUGAAGAAAAGGAUCCAACCAGAGGAUGUCAUCAUCAACUGCGCCAAAGAAUCCCGUAUCCCCGUGCCGCCCGCUGGCCACCACUGGAAGGAAGUUCGACACGACAACACCGUGACAUGGCUGGCUAGCUGGACUGAAAACAUCCAGGGGUCUAUUAAAUACAUCAUGCUCAACGCAAACUCAAAACUGAAGGGAGAGAAGGACUGGGAGAAAUAUGAGGUUGCUCGGAAGCUGAAGUCGUGUGUGGACGGCAUCCGCAACCAGUACCACCAGGACCUGAAGUCUAAACAGAUGGGCACGCGGCAGAGAGCUGUGGCCCUUUACUUCAUAGACAAGCUGGCCCUGAGAGCUGGUAAUGAGAAGGAGGAGGGGGAGACGGCAGACACCGUGGGUUGCUGCUCGCUUCGCGUCGAGCACAUCACCCUGCACGAGAAACUGGAGGGCAAUGAGUGUGUGGUGGAGUUUGACUUCCUGGGUAAAGACUGCAUUCGCUACUACAACAAGGUCCCGGUCAUCAAGAAGGUUUUUAAGAAUGUUAAACUUUUCAUGGAGAACAAGCAGCCUGGAGACGACCUCUUUGACCGACUUACCACAGCCCUUCUGAACAAACAUCUCAGUUCCCUAAUGCCCGGGUUGACUGCGAAGGUUUUCAGGACGUACAACGCCUCCAUCACCCUGCAGGAGCAGCUCAAAAAGCUCACGAACAAGUCUGACAAUGUGGCGGAGAAAAUGCUGUCGUACAACAGGGCCAACAGAGCAGUUGCUAUUCUCUGUAACCACCAGCGGGCGCCGCCAAAGACCUUUGAACAAUCUAUGGCUAACCUUCAGGCCAAGAUUGACGCCAGGAAGGAGCAGCUGGCCCUCGCUAAUACUGAGCUGAAACAGGCCAAGAAGGAGGCCAAGACCAAAGGCAACUCAGACCCGAAGCUGCAGACGCUGGUGGAGCGGAAGAAGGCAGCAGUGAAGCGCUGUGAAGAGCAGCUGCUGAAGAUGGAGGUGCAGGCUACUGACAGGGAAGAGAACAAACAGAUUGCUCUGAGUACCUCAAAGCUCAACUACCUGGAUCCACGCAUCAGCGUGGCCUGGUGUAAGAACAUGGAGGUACCUGUAGAGAAAAUCUACAAUAAAACCCAACGGGAUAAGUUUGCGUGGGCCAUCGACAUGACAGAGGCAGACUUUGAGUUCUAACUUUAAACCUGUGUAACCACCCCCCCCCCAUCAGAUGCAAUUAAGGAACCAUCAACUUUAUAUCAGAUACAGUACUUUAAUAUUGCAAAUAUAGUAUGUUUAUAGGAUUAUCCGUAUUUGUCCUUUGAGACUGUGUCACACGAUCAAGCCCCUCCCUCUCGUUGUUUCGUUUACUGCUGUUCAUUUCAGUUUCAUACUGUUUUGGCACUUUAUUUGAAAGAUUGCUGUUAAUUGGUUUGUACGUUUUGUUUGCAUUAAAGGUUUGAAUAAAGGUUCCUACUAUGCAGUGGA